AUGCGCGCUUUCUGCAUCAAUCUAUGCCUCUGUUCCCUUGUUGCAUCUUCGACUGACUGUUUCUUCGAUGAUACUGAAAGCUUUUUGCAAACUGUGGCGCCCAACCGAAGUGCAGUGGCAAAACCGGAGACCACGGUACCCACGGUACCCACGGCAUCGUUGGCGAAACAAACACCAGCGCCAGUGAAAACGCCACCUGCCAAGGCCCCGCCGCCAGUAAACGCUAGCAAAAGAAAGGGGACUGUGGCGCCCAAGCAAAAGGCUCGCAAGGGCAACAAAACAGCUGGCAGCACAAAUGGCUCAAAUGAAACGGAUGAAGAUGAUGAGGAUGAACUAUUCCCUCCAGAUGAUCCAAAUGCUCCAGAACCAUGGCAGGACAUUUGUUGCAUCGCAGGAUCUUCGACCUUUGCGACUCUGAUGUUGUGCUUCGUGUGGCUAGCGUCGCUCUGGAGUGCAUGGUCUGAUGAGAGUGGAGCUUCAAUGUCCAGGAUCCGCUGGAACUUUGGCAAGCUGAGCAUUGGCAUUCUGCUCCAACUGAUUCUGUCUGGAUUGGGAAAUGCCAAACAUUUUGGCAUGGCACAAUGUGGAAUUUCCUUGGUCGUCACCGCCUUGGGAAUAGCACAAGCACAGUGGGCUGGUAGUUUGAAAGAUGAGGGGCGACUAUGUUGGCUCUGUCCUGCUCAAGUGGAAGGUGGUGCGAUCUUCAUGACUUUGGCAUUCGCGAUCUUCAUGGCUUUGGCUGGAGGGACUGACGAGUUGGGAGAACUGGCCUUCGGACUGGCUCUUGUUGGUCAAGUACUUUCCGUCAUGGUCAUGGCCGUGAUCAACGAGGGAUUGGAGGUUUCCCUGCUGACCUGGGGAACUGUGAGCUGUCACGUGCUGAUGCCAUUGACUUUGAGCCAAUUCCUUGCCGACGAUGUCUACAAAACUGCAUUGAUGGUUUGCGCUCAGGAUGAUCUGGUCCUUUCCUUGCGCUACAGCCUGGCUGCAUCUUACUCCAUGUUUUUCUUCUUUUGGGUCUUGUGGAUCUGUUACUGGACAAAUCCAGGCACUUGUUGGCGUCCUUGCUUUAUGGGCGUUGUCUUGGUUCUUUUGUCGCCAGGGCUUUCUCACACCACAGGAACAGAUGUUUUCUUUGGACCAUGGGCCAUGUUUGGCGGUACUCAUGAGGGCUGGACCCCAUCAGUGGCAGGAAAGGUGGCGAUCGCCUUGGGCGCUCUGGUGGUACUGGUCAUGAUCAUCCUGUCUUUCAGAGGCUUUGCAGAGAUCAAAACCUUUGAUUUGAGUUGCAGGGGUCAGGAUGCUUCUCUGGCACUGGUCAGGAUAUUGAUACCUUUUUGGAUCUUUGAACACGUGAACUGGGGCGGUGAUGAUUCACCAAUCUCCAAGUGGUUCUCUCCACAGUUGAUGCCUGGCGGAGAUGGCCCCUUUGGGCAUAUCCUGAUGCGUGUGAACCUCCUGCUUUUGGCGAGUGGAAUCUACGGUCCAUUCUUUGCCAUGGUGACUGCUGCAGGCUUUGUGAUGGGAUGCUCCAGAAACAGUUUCGAUCCGGAUUGCCCCACGCAGCAUAUUUGCAUGUUGCUUUUGGUCAUGUCCUUCACGCCUUGUGAUGGGCGCUACAGCUUAACGAAUGUCUUGCGAGACCGCUUCCCGAGCUGCCAGAGAUAUCUUGGAGAUGCUGGCGAUAGUUUGUGGGCGAAGAAUCUCUUCCGUCUUCAGUGUAGCCUCCUCUACUUCUUUGCAGCCGAAUUUAAGAUCCAGCCAGAGUGGUUGGGCCCCCACGGAGGAACUUUGAUCAAGGAUGUUCACAUCUUCGAUCUCUCACCCCUGCGGGAUGUGGAGAAGGUCCUUCUGCCAAACCAACAAGUCAGGGAGAUACUGGCACACCUCAUGGCCAUUGGCAUCAUUAUCGUGGAGAUCUCCUUAGCUUUUGGCUUUUGGAGCACUCGCUACCAUGGCCACUUCAUUCUGGGUGCGGCUGCGAUGCACCUGUCGAUGUCAAUCCUCUGUGGGCAGCUGGGAGGCUUUUCCCAAGCUGGAUGGACUGGCCUGUUGUGUGUGGGACACCCGAAGUUGGAGGAAGUAUUGGAAGAUCCCAAGAACUUUACAAUCGUGAUCCUGGGCCUCGUGGUCUUCUAUAGCAUCACGGCGAUUCCAUCUUCGCUCCUGGCAAAACCGGCCCAACGCGCCGGGGAACUGCUGAAGUGUGUCGCCUGCGGAAAAGAAAGGAAAUUUUUGGGUGGGAUGGGGGCAGAGCUUCGUGAGUUGAUUGCAAAGCUUGAACGCCUUGAGAAGUGGCAUCAAGAUUUGGAAGGCCCUCCAAGUGGCCAGCCACCUGCAAAGGGAUAUACCCGUGGUGACCCCAAGACUAGAGCUGCUGCUUGUGGUCCUUUGUCUGAGAAACCGGGUUUCCCUGCCAUUCCACCAGUUGCCAGGCUCUGGAAGUGUGUCAAAGAAGAAGGUGCAGCAGUUGCGGCAUCGGAGUUUGGGAGCAUUGAAGAAGGCCCUGGUCCUGUACCUGAUCAUCUGCAAAGACAGGCUGAUUUUGUGUCUUGGGAUUCAGCCGACGGCCUGCGUCGGAUUACUUUGGCAUUUUCUGCUGGAUUCUGGGCUCGGGGGGCAAUUGAAACCUUCUCAAACCAGUUUUCGCAGCCAGAAAUUUCCUCUCCGGCCCAGCAUUUUGUGGUGUUGCGUGCCUGUGGACUCGGAGGAUACGUGAGAUUUGCCUCACUGGAUCAUUUUGCACGCUUUCGUGACCAGAUCUUUUCCAGUGGAUGGUUGUAUUAUUGUUUUGCUACGGAGAUUGAGCUGGGUGCCUUUUGUGAGGGUAUGCUCCUAGCCCUUCCGCAUGACAUAGUUGCUGGCCCGACACUUUUGGAAGGUCAAGAAGGGUCCGAAGAAACUCUUUUUGGCCCGAAUUCACUUUUUACAGUUGGACUUCUCGAGGAGGCCGAAGACUUGUCGACAGUUCCCUUGGGGGUAGAAAGCCAAGUUUGUGUGGUCGAUGUGAAAGAUGAAAUUCUGGCAUUUUGCCGGGAAUAUGACCCAGUGACAGAUUCCACUGCAGCAAUUUUGGGGUUUUCCUCUGAUUUUCCCAAUAGCUUGCCUGACACUGCACGUUUGUGGCCUUUAGUUAAGGAGUGGCUUGCAGCUCAGUCCGAAGAGCGUACGGGUUUUUACACAGCUCAAGAAGACCUGGGAACACCCGGCCAAAAGACAUCACCAUCUCCUCAACCAAAGAAGGCUCAGGCUGCAAAGCGAGUGUCAAACGCAAUGAUAGCCGAGCAGUUGAGUGUGCUGACAAGCCAGAUGAAGCUCCUGGCAGACAGACAGGAUCGCUUAGAGCAGCUCAAGCAUGCAUCUGCAGAGCCUGCGCCAGGUCAUCAGGGUGGCCCUUCCGCAAAACUGCCAGCCGUGUCAGCUGGACUUGCCAACCCCAGCGGAAUCUCUCAGACACUGGCUGCAAAGGCUUUGAACCUGGUGGGACCACCUCCAAAGACAAGAGCUGCUGUAGAUGCAGGAGUUGUGGAAGAUGUGGUCGCAGACGAGCCCUACGACCCAUUGCAGCCUGGGGAAUCAGCUGGGGGUAUUGUUCAUGCCAUUGCCCAACAAAGCAGUGCCAUUACAGCUCUGGUUGCACACCUGGCGUCACAGUCAGGAGACGUGGUAGGCGAUUUGUCGUCUCUCGCGCAAAGUUCGAGUUCGACCAAAGGAGUGCAGCGCAGGGAAAAGAUGCAAAACGAACUGGCUGCGGGAACGAGCAAUUACUUCACGCAGCUUCUUCAGCAAGUUCAUCGCAGGUUGAACCCAUCGAAGCCAGUGCCGCAGAACGAAGAGGAUCUGCAGACAGUUUCGGUUCUGACCUACUUGGAAAGGCAAGGGGGAUACCGAAACAACAGAGAACUGGGCCUAGUUGCGUGGAUUUUAGGCCACGCCAUAGACGCAGCAGCCUCAGGGAAUGUGAAGCACACCAAGGAGAUACUUGCGUUGUUGAUGGUUGCAGUCGAGCAAGCAGUGGUGGACCGAGGCGACUGGGGACUGGCCUACAUGCUGACGCUGAUGGAGGAACCUCCUUUGCAGAUGUUUCAAGAUCGGACCUUCACUCUGGCGCAGCAUUCCAAGCCUUUCAGCCCUCUUGUGCCUCCAGCCUGGACAGCGGUAUGCCUAGCGUAUUUGAAGGACUUGGAAGUGCUUGCUACCAAGAAGACAGAAACCUCAAAAAGGACUACAAAGCCGACGUCCCCGGCAGAUUCAUCUGCAGCAGCCGCAGCAGAACCAGACAGCGAAGUGUCCCCUCGACGCAAGCCUCGCUUCCCCAAGAAGCCCAAGGCCAAAGUGGAUUUCUCUGUCCUGAAAAGUGGCCGACGUUUUCCUCAACUCUUUGCAAGACUGUCAGAACUUUCAGGUCAUGAUGUGCCUCUGGAAAACAGCCUCUACCAAGAGCUUGAGCCAUAUAAGUACCCGGACUGUUUGCUCUAUGAUCGUACUCCUGCGAUUUGGGAAUUUCCAAACAAGAUGGACCCGGAGUCGGAAGUUCUUCAAUUGGCUAAGCUUUGGGAUGCCAGAGGUUUGCUUUUUAUUCAUGAUGUGGAUUUGCAGAAGGGAGACCACGCUGGAGUCGAGAUAGCGACGGAUGCUCAUGUUGGCCUUCUCCAAUCCAUUGGUCUCCUGAAGGAAGAAAGCCGGAUUGUUUCUGGAAGACCCUUUUAUGGCGAUGCCCUAUGCGAGGGGCUGGUGAUUGACGACUAUUUUGCAAUUUCAAAGGUUCCUCGCAGCCUUCUGGUAGACACUGCCGCCGUCAGGUGUUUUGAGGCUGCAAAGGCCAUCUAUGACCAGGAGGCCAUUUUGGGGUCUGAUGACAAGGACGUUAAGGGCGAGCGUCAUGCCAAGAUUAUCGGGGCCUCGGUCAAUGCUUCACCUCAAUGCCAAGACAGAGGUCAUGUUCUAGUCUCGGCACCAGCUGAGAAACGCCUUGCUCUUUCAUGGAUCACCCUGCAAGCCUGCCAAUUGACGCAUACUACAGACGCUUUGCAUUUGUGCAUGGUAGGUGGCUGGACUUCCAUCUUGAUGUAUAGGAGGCCUUUAAUGUCAAUCCUUCAGAAGUCUUUCCAUUUGGUGGAUAUGAACCUUUUCUCAGCGGCAAACCCGAAGAUGUUGAAACUCCCCAGGACUGUUGCAACUGAGCUGGUCCUGCUGAGUGUUCUGGCGCCUUUGGUGGUUUCAGAUAUAGCAGUUGGGUAUUGCUCACACCUUUUUGCAUCCGAUGCCUCCCUGUCAAAGGGCGCCAUAGUCAAGAGCGAUGUAGGCGAGCAACAAGCAGAAAAGGUGGAUAGGCCUUUGGCUUUUCGUUUUGAUUUCAUUGAGAUCUUUGCUGGUGCAGCUACUGUAACUGCAGGGUUGGCCUCACGUGGCUAUUCAGUGGGAUGUCCCAUCGAUAUCUCCUUCAGCGCAGAACUUGAUGUGGCUCAGGUUGUGCGGUGUGACUCAUGUGCUUAUGGCUCAGUCCAUCUGAAGUCUUUCGCUUUUCUUUGUGCUUGGGCUGACAUUGCUCCAAUUGCAGACCGUUGCGAUGGUUCACAUGAGCAUAUCCACGUGCAGGGUCAGUUUACCAAAGGGUCUGCAACCUACGUUGAGCGCUUGUCUGUUGCCUUGGCAGAUGUCAUGUGUAUUGGCAUUAAGCGUUUGGAGACUUUUGAUGAAGCCUGUUCAGUCAGCGAGCACAAGGGUCUUGAAAGCCAGUUGGUAAAUGAAGUUGCCCUCUCAUCAGCCUGGUCACUUGAAUCGGUGUGGGAGUUCCGUGUGUCAUCCCAUAUCAACCUUUUGGAACUUUCUGCUGUUGUGAGACUUGUGCAACGUCUGGUCCGAAAGGGAAAGGCUUGUCGUGUCGUCGUCUUGGUUGACUCAAACGUUGUCCGUUGUGCUGCCUCGAAGGGUCGUUCAUCAUCCAGAGCACUCACCAAGCUCCUCAGCCGCCUGGCUGCUUUGUGCCUAGUUGGUGGAGUGUAUUUGGUCUUAGGUUUUGUCCCUACUCGUCUUAAUCCUGCUGAUGAUCCUACUCGUGAUUGCAGCUUAAGAGCUCCCAUUGCUGGUCUUGACAUAGCCUCCUGGGAUCGUGGUGACCUCUUUGGACUUGCCGAGGUUUGUAAAUGCCGCAGGUGGGCCUCAAACUGGAUUCGCCUUGUACUGCUGGUGCUUGGUCCUCCUGUGCUUUCCUUUGCAAAUCCGGCAGUUUACCGUCGGUCUCCCUUCCCUUUUGGUUUGGCGUCUUCUGUCUCCGUUGUCGGUUCGGAUCGUUUUGCGAAGCUCGAUUUCGAUUCGACUUUGGGUUAUCCGGGUGAGGGACCUGUCACUUUCUUCGCCAGCAACUGGGGACCUCUUAGUUUUGGUCUUCUUGUGUUCUUCGCUGUCUUAGAUUGUAGCCAUGGGGUACUGAUUCCGCGAAACGCUGGCGAUGUGCAUCGACAGUUGCUUAGAAGUUCCAGGCCUCCAUUACAAGAAGGUCGUCCCGUUUUAGGCGUCACUAAUCAGCAUCGCGAAUUUUACAUUAAGCAGUUUGAAGACUGGUUGGGUUCGCAAGGAAUCCUUUUGGGACAUUUGCUGGCAAACCAUGUUACUUCGAUUGAUCUGAUUAACGAACUCCUGGUGAAGUUUGGCAGAGUCCUCUAUGCAAUUGGAAGACCUUACAACCAUUACGCUGAGACUAUAAACGCUGUGGCGGCUCGAAAGCCUAUUGUUAGGUCCUGUUGCUGCGGGCAGGAGGAGCCGGUGGACGAGUGUGCACAAGAGACGGAUCUAUCGACCUUCGCAGUGGGAGUCCGCCAAGAGGAAAGCAUCUUCCAUGAGGUGGAAGACCGUGAGCACUACAACUUCGAGAUCGAGGUGUGGAAGAUGCAGACAGAUUGUUUCGGCUUGGAGUUCGAUACCAGCAACUCACUGGUGCCAGUGAUCUCCCACGUGGCCGAUGGUGGGCAAGCCUCCAAGUGGAAUCAACGCGCGGAGGCGUCGAGGACGAGCCGGGGCCGGAAAGUUGGGACUUGGAACAUUUGGAACCGCCAAAAAAAUUGGAAUUUAGCCAAUUUAGCCAUCCAGGCAGCCAUCCUAACUUAG